AUGCAUCUCAACUCGAACGAGUGCCCAACAAACUACGAGUGUUAUUUCGAUGGAACCGCUUACGGGUGUUGUCCCACCGCAGAAAGCAUAUGCACGCAGCGAGCUGACGAGGGCAAAUCAUGCGACCAGCCAACAUCGCUACGAUGGUUUUUCGACGAUGCCAGCAACACCUGCCGUUCGUUUCUCUUUCGUGGCUGCGGUGGAAACGCGAACAACUUCCCUGUACAGCAAAUGUGCAUGGAGUAUUGCUCUAGGCCAGAGCUCUUGUGUCCCAGUGGCGGAGUGGUUCAUCGACAUUCUAACGGGGAAAUCGCCGAGUGUCAAUCUAGCGCUCAGUGCCCUUCCGAACAUGAAUGCUUGAAAUCGGUAUUGCAAACAGGAGGCGAAGUGCGUUACUGUUGUCCGUCACAGCAACAUAUCUGCAAGCAGCAACCUGACAUUGGAGACGACUGUGGGCAAAGUGUUCUGAGGUAA